UCCCUCUGGCGUUUAGUGGUAUGUCCUCCUCUGGUCGGUGUAGCUCCAUCUACCGAUCUGCUGCAGUCAGUGGGACAUUGAGCUCUCGCAGAGAGAAGUGUUUGGUUUUACGUUUAUGAAACAUGCAUGUCAAAAGGAAUAUUACUUUAUCGUAAAAUACUGUCUGGAUGUUCAGUGUAUGCAUUGCCUUCAUUUGGAGUCAUAUUUCAUAAUGGAAGCUGUGUUUCUACAUUGAGAGAGAGUUUUUAUGUGAGAAGACAACAAAAGGAAAGUAAGACGAGGAUAUCAGUGGCUGCACUGUUCGUUAUGAGUAAGCCGUUAUUUCAAGUCAAUAUGCCGGAGCAAGAAACCAGAAAUGUUUGUGUUUGGCUACCCAACAGAGAACAACUGGACAUCACCAUCGGGGCAAAAGCAACAGGGCAAGAACUUUUUAACAAAGUUUGUGAAUCCCUUAACAUCCAAGAAGCUCACUUUUUUGGGCUUAGCAUCGUUAAGAAUAAUGAAUACAUAUUCAUGGACCUAGAACAGAAGCUCAAUAAAUAUUUUCCAAAGGAAUGGAAGAAAGAGGCAGGCAAAGUUGCAGAGAAGUUUAGCCCUCCGUGCGUUGCCUUUUUCAGAGUGCAAUAUUAUGUAGAGAAUGGAAGGAUUAUAAGUGACAAGAAAGCAAGACAGCUCUAUUAUUACCAUCUUAAGGAUCAAGUCCUUAGAUCCCAUUGCACCGACAAAGAGGAGAUUUAUUUCUUGCUGGCAGCCUAUGCCCUUCAAGCUGAUUGUGGAAACCUAAACUCACACAUGAAAAACUACUUUGAGCCUGAGGCUUACUUUCCACACUGGAUAAUUGCAAAGAGAGGGAGUGACUACAUCUUGAAGCAUGCCCCUGAAAUACACAAGGAACAGGAAGGAAUGUCUGUUAAAGAAGCAGUCUUAAACUUCAUAAGAGAGUCUUGUUUCCUGGAAGAUGUGCCAGUGCAUUGCUACAGAUUGCAAAAGGAUAAGAAAGAAGAUCGACCCUCUAUUAUUCUUGGGGUGACGCUUCGUGGAAUGCAUAUUUAUCAGGAGGUGAAUCACGUACAGCAACUUCUCUAUGACUUCCCCUGGUCAAACGUGGGGAAGCUUACGUUUCUUGGUAAGAAGUUUGAGAUUCAGCCCGACGGACUUCCCUCUGCACGGAAACUGGUUUAUUACACUGGAUGUCCAUUCAGAUCAAGACACUUACUUCAUCUACUCAGCAAUAGUCACAGGCUAUAUCUAAACAUACAACCUGUGCUAAAACAGAUUCGAAAGCUAGAAGAGACAGAAGAAAAAAAGCGAUACCGAGAAUCCUAUAUUAGUGACAACAUGGAGAUGGACUUAGAUCAGUCAGAUAAGCAUUCUCAGGGAAGCAGUAAGGAAAGCACCAAGGACAAUCGUCUCUCAAGACAGUCAACAGUUAGCCAUGGCAGCUCACACACCUCUGGUAUCGAAGCAGAUUCUAAUCACAGGAUGUCGGUGGAGAUGUCCGUGGAUGAACCUUUUGGGAUUGAGACUGUUCAUCGUAAGGAGAAAUCUUACUGUUCCUCAAUAAGCCACAGCAGCUCUGGAAUAGAUAGUGGCAGCAAAGGAAGGAUAGAAGGGGACUCUCAGGAUGAUGAGGUGGAAGCGGCAGUAGAUGAGCCUGAUUGCCUCAUAGCUGACACUCCUUUACAACUUGGUCCAUCGGUUUUAGAGGCUGCUGAAGAAUCUGUUGAUUCACUUGGAUUAAAACGGUGCUUACAAGGUUUUGAACAGAUGGUUUUCUUGUCCGCAACACCAACAGUGAAGAUGAGAGGGCCUAGCGUGGAUUCUCUGUACCAGGUCAAAAUUUCAAAACCCAAAAAUUCUACUGACCGCUAUAGUCAAAGUUUAGAUGAUGUGCGUAUUUACCAACAAAACCAUCCUCCAUUUGCUGCCCCCACACUAACUUCUGACACAUCACAAAGUUACACUUUCGGAUAUCCAAUUGAGGACAAAAUGAUAGAUUACGAGUGCACCUACACAACAGCAGAUUGCAAGAUGAAAUCGGCCUUAUUUGGGAAAAGAUCCAUGAACUGUCUAUCAUUGGACCUUUUAGGAGAAGAUCAGCUCCUUGAGUUUAUAGUGUAGUAACCAAACCCUAAAAUUCACUGAAUGAAGAUUAUUACUAAUGGCUAGGCAGGUUUUACUGUCACUAAUGGCUUCCAAAUUUACCAUGUUUUCAUGGAUAGUUAAAGAUCCAUUUCCUUGUGUCUGUAGUAGAGAACAUGUGAUUAAAUCUGGAUUCAUAAAGUUUGCUAUGUUGCAUGGAAUGAGACUGUGGACGCAACCAAAUUUUGUUUCAUGAGUCAUGAAAUGUUAACUUGAUCAGCUUUUCGUGUGUUCUGUGCCACUGAAGCUCGUUUUAAGGAUGUGAAAAGUAAAAGCUGAUGUUAAAUAACAUAUCUAAGCAGAGAACUGAGAUUUCCCAUGGACAGAUGGAAAAAUAUAUCAAGAAAUCUGUGGAUAUGUGCAAAAUGAACUACUGAAGGCAUGUGGUUUACAUAAUCUGGAGUACCACGUCUGCCUUCACGUGUACCUUUGAACUAAGAUCAAAUUCUGAAAGCAAAGUCCUGUCCGACUUAAUAACUUUGCUUUAUUUUUUCCAAUACUUAUGCAAUAUCAUAAAUAGUUACUGAACACAGUCUAAAAGUGCCUUGAUGAUUGUGGUGUUAAUGUAGCUGUUAUGUGUUAAAGUAUUUACGGCUUAAUAUGUAAUGCCAUAUAUUGUUAACGUUUAUUUUGUAUAAAUGUAAUUUUUGGUGUA